GAGAAAAAAGUUGGGGGUUUUAUUGUUUUGGGUAUUCUACUCCUUUUCCCUUAAACCCAUUUCUUCUUCCUCUGAAACAUUUAUUUCUUCUCUUCCUCUUCCCGAACGAGUUUCAGCAGACCCUAACCCUCUCUUCUCUGUUAAAAAUUCUAUCUCCGACCACCGCACGCCUGCUGCCGACUAACCGCCAUUCACCCUUGGUUUUCGACGAACCACGACCGUUCUUCUCCUGCUCUCUCUCUCCAUUUUCGCCGUUGCAGGACAGCCCAGCCACCUACAGAGGUAAAAUACCUAAUGUUGCUGGAGAUGCUUUAGGGCAUGCUCGCGCUAACCCGAGGGUUUAACCAGAGGCUUUUCACCUUCCACAAGCAACUCACUCGUCCUCUCAUGGCCACCAACGCUCCCCUGAAACCCUUGAAGCGCGUGGGCACCCACAACGGGAGCUUCCACUGCGAUGAGGCCCUCGGCUGCUUCAUGAUUCGCCUCACCAAUAAGUUUUCAAACGCUGAGAUCGUUCGCACCCGUGACUCCCAGGUGUUGGAGGGUCUCGAUGCUGUUCUUGAUGUUGGGGGCGUGUACGAUCCAACUCGGGACCGGUAUGAUCAUCACCAGAAAGGGUUUGAAGAGGUUUUUGGGCACUGCUUCUCCACUAAGCUCAGUAGUGCUGGUCUUGUCUACAAGCAUUUUGGAAAGGAGAUAAUAGCUAAGGAGCUUCGAGUUGAUGAGGAGCACCCGGAUGUGCAUCGCUUAUUUUUGGCUGUAUACAAGAGCUUCAUGGAGGCAAUUGAUGCUGUCGACAAUGGGAUAAAUCAGUAUGAUACAGACAAGCCUCCGAGAUAUGUGAAUAAUACGCACUUGUCUUCAAGAGUUGGAAGAUUAAAUUUGGAUUGGAUAGAACCUGAUCAAUCACCUGAGAAAGAGAAUGAGGCCUUUCAACGAGCGAUGGCUCUGGCUGGCAGUGAGUUUUUAGAUAGUGUUCGGUUUCAUGCAAAAUCGUGGUUACCUGCACGGUCAAUUGUAAUGGAGUGUCUUGCAGCAAGACGGGAUGUUGAUCCUAGUGGAGAAAUUAUGGUUUUAACUACAUUCUGUCCUUGGAAGCUUCACUUAUUUGAGCUUGAGGAGGAGAUGAAGAUUGACCCUCCCAUCAAAUAUGUUCUUUAUCAGGAUGACAGGAGCAAAUCUUGGAGAGUGCAGGCGGUGGCAGUAGCUCCUGAUAGGUUUGAGAGCAGAAAGCCUCUCCCUGCUCAAUGGCGAGGUCUUAGGGAUGAAGAACUGUCGAGGGAGGCAGGUAUUCCUGGUUGUGUUUUUGUCCACAUGAGUGGGUUUAUUGGUGGAAAUCAAAGCUAUGAGGGUGCUCUGGCCAUGGCAAAAGCUGCUUUGAAGUUCUAAUCAAAGAAGAACAAAUUGCAUUAGCAUUUUAGCAUGAUAUACCAAUUUUGCUUAUGACUCUUUCCAUUUUAUGUGCCUUGGGCACCAAAAUUUUAUAGCCCCAAGUGAACUUUUCAGAUCUUGUUUAGAUUGCAAUCCCCCAUACAAGACUAUUUAUAGACAUAUCUGUGAUUUUCUUGGUCAUUGUGAUCAACUCGUC